CCCUUCAGUCGUUCGCAACGGCACGUCCAAUUUCUCUUCCCUUCUCGUUCCAACCUCAAUAUAUCGAGAUGUUUUCAAUUUUUUUUUUCAUCAUAAUCUCCGGCGUAAUGGGACACCUAUAUAUAUUGAGGAGGUUUCUAAUUCACAUAGCGAUCAAAGCGACUCUCUACGCUUUCUCUCUUUCGUCAGACUUCAAUAUCCCUAGAAAUUUCUCUCUUCUGUUACAAUGGCGUUUAGGAAAACCCUGGCUCAGCGUCUCUUCAAUAUCACCAAGGUCUCGACCCAAACCCUCCCGAAUUGCCGGAUUUCCUCGUCUUCUGUCCGGACCCGGGCUCCGCCCGACCCGGAUAAAACCUCCAUUGUUACCGAUCCCGGAGACGGCGGGAUUUUCCGGAGGUUUCUUCACAAGCGAUCAGUGGCGUUGGAUCCGGAGCUCCGGUCGCUUUCUGUCGGGGAGAACCUGAUGGGGAAGCUGAAGUCCAUCGGCAUUGCCCGGGACCGGAUUCGACUAGACGGCCUGAGCCCUCCUCCGCCGGCAGUGACCUGUACGGAGGGGGGGCUGACGGUGGAGGACGCGAGGAAGCUGCUGAGGGUGGCGCAAUUGGAAGCUGUGAAAGCUAGGCUGAGAGAGAUCCCGAAGAGCUGGAUACCUUAUUCGGACUUUGUUCGGGUCUGCAGAGAGGGCUGCUUGGAUCCGGAUCAGGGUCUCGGGUUGGCCAAGACGCUCGACGAGUCCGGAAACGUCAUCGUCUUGGGGAACGUCGUGUUCCUCAGACCCGAGCAGGUGGCAAAAGCCAUUCAAAGCCUUAUUCCUAUACCCGGAGCCAACCCAGAUGAUCCAAGACGGCGGGAGGAGCUGGAGGAGAUGGAGAAGCAGAAGGCGGCGAUUGACAAAAAGGUGGAUGCCUUGGUUCGCCGGGAACUCUGGUGCGGGCUGGGGUUCCUGGUGGUGCAAACAGCAGGGUUCAUGAGGCUCACGUUUUGGGAGCUGUCGUGGGAUGUCAUGGAGCCCAUUUGCUUCUACGUUACCUCCAUGUACUUUAUGACCGGCUACGCCUUCUUCCUCAGGACCUCCAAAGAGCCUUCCUUUGAAGGGUUCUAUCAGAGCCGGUUCGACGCAAAGCAGAAGCGACUCUUGAAGGAUCACAAUUUUGACAUUGCAAGGUACAACGAGCUCCGGAGAGCUUGUAAUUCGUCUUCAGAACAAGCAGCCUCUUCAGUUGCUCCAUUGUUCAGAAAUGCUGAAAAGCUUGAGUUUAGUGCUCUAAAUCAAUAAUUUGGACCACCCCUUGGCCUAUUUUCCAUCCCAUAUGUACCCUUAAAAUACAGAUCGAUGCGGCUUUCUACAAAAGUAA